GAUAGCGGAUCGUUCACAUUUCUUUUCUUCGUUCAGCGAGAGAAUUCGUAUUCGCCGUUUAGUUUUACCUAUUUAGUUUAAAUUUAAGUUUAAUUUAUUCGUUAAAAAUGAUUCGAUGCGGUUUUGUGAAAAGUUCAGUGCUUAUUGCCAUUGUAACUUGUGUGACGGCUUCAGCAGGUAGUGGAAGCAGUUGGCUGGGUCCAGAUUUUGUGGUGUUACAGAAAGUGUACGACGACUGUUACGAUAAUGAUGAUUUUACCGGUUGUUUAAAGGGGAAAGCAUUAGUUGCAUUGAACAAGGCAGUCGAUCAGGAUUCCAUAACACUGUUCGAUGGUGUGAUGCUGGAGAAACAGAAUAGCACCGACGAAGCGGACACUCCGUCGAUAGCGGAUGAACGAUCGUUGAAUCAAUUGAAUGGCAUUGACAAGGAACUGAUGACGAAAUUGGAUAAGUUUUUGCGCAGUCACGUUUUGAAACUGGAUAUGAGCGAGAGUCGCGACAAGAAAGAAAAAAAGCUUCACAAAUAUGCUCUUGCCGCUUUCCUGACAGCCAUGGGAAUUGCCGCUCCAUUAGGACUAAAAGCUCUAGCCACGAUAGCGGGCAAAGCGUUAGUGAUCAGUAAAGUUGCCCUAACAAUUGCCGGGAUAAUUGCGUUGAAGAAACUAUUCAGUAGCGAUCACCAUGAAGAGAAAAGCUUUCAAGUACAUGCUGAUGACGAACAGAACCGUCGUAGUAUGUACUUGGUCAGACCAGUCAAAAAUAUUGAAGCACAUGGAAUGGACCCGUACCAUUAUUACGAAACUAAGAAAUAAUUUAUUGUCAAAAAAUACCGUUCCGUUAAUUGAUGUUUGUUUAAAAAUUAAAUUAUUUUUUACACAUCACAUCAUCAAGCCUAUAAUUAUAGAUUAGUGUAGCUAGCAUGUAAAAAUGAGGUUUUUACCGAAUUGUUUUGUGAAAAAUGUUUUGUAAGACCAAACGAAAACCUAUAGAACAGCACAACCAAAUAUUGAUAGUAAAUUUAGCUUGUAAAGUUUAUUAGAAAGGUGGUCAAUAAAGGAUUUAGAACUA